GCACAGCUGUUGAACCAUGGCAUCUCGCACGAGCUGAUGGACGAGGUUGAGCGGGUGAGCAAGGCGCACUGCGCGGCUUGCCGGGAGGAGCAGUUCAAAGAGUUCGCGGCGCGGACGCUGGAGGCCGGCGAGAAGGGCGCCGACGUGAAGGACGUGGACUGGGAGAGCACCUUCUUCGUCCGUCACCUCCCCGCCUCCAACCUCACCGACCUGCCCGACCUCGACCACCACUACAGACAAGUGAUGAAGGAAUUCGCGGCGGAGAUCGAGAAGCUGGCGGAGAAGGUGCUGGAACAGGGCUACCUGAAGCGGGCCUUCACCGGGUCCAGGGGGCCGACGUUCGGCACCAAGGUCAGCAGCUACCCGCCGUGCCCGCGGCCGGACAUGGUGGACGGACUCCGCGCGCACACGGACGCCGGCGGCGUGAUCCUGCUGUUCCAGGACGACCAGGUGAGCGGGCUACAGCUCCUCAAGGACGGCGCAUGGGUGGACGUGCCGCCCAUGCGCCACGCCAUAGUCGUCAACAUCGGCGACCAGCUGGAGGUGAUCACCAACGGGCGGUACAAGAGCGUGAUGCACCGCGUGCUCACCCGCCCCGACGGGAAUCGCAUGUCCCUCGCCUCCUUCUACAACCCCGGCGCCGACGCCAUCAUAUUCCCGGCCCCGGCGCUCGUCGAGGAGCUGUCGGAGGAGGAGGCGGAGCGCGCAGGGAGCGCCGUGUACCCGAGGUUCGUGUUCGAGGACUACAUGAACCUGUACAUGCGCCACAAGUUCGAGGCCAAGGAGCCGCGCUUCCAGGCCAUGAAGGCGGACGCCGCGCCCACCGCCACCGCGUGACUAGUGGACUGCACGCGCAUAAGUGCAUGUGCUCGUACGUGCCAGUACUCAGACAAAAGUAUUUACAGACGUGUUUGUGGAUGUGGGGUGUACUGUAAGAUAUUAUGUGUGUAAUGUUUUCGCUGGUGGCAUCGCUCUGCAUGCCCUAGAUAUUUUUCUUAUUUGCUUUUCUAAAGAGUACUAUGUUUCAGCUCACAUUCCUUUUAAU